AUGCCAUUACGUUCGGAGUCACGCCAAAAUCCUGGAGAUUCGAUUGCUGAAACUGCUAGAAAUGUGGCGACGGUAUUUGCACGUGGCCGAGCAAAACAACUUGAGCCGCAUUUGCGAUCAGAACUAGAGAAUGAAUUAGGAAGAUUCAAGAUCUGGGCAGGCAACUUAGGAGUCUUUGCUCCAGGUCGAGCAUCUGCGGAUUACCGACUUCGUGAUGAUGCUGAUAUCAAAGAAAUCUUGAUUCAAAUGCUUGAUCGACUUAGACAAAGCACGAAACAAGCGAUGGAUCCCCCCAAAAUAUUGGAGGAGCCGGAGGAAGCCGAAGAAAUCGAUGACUCGAGUACAUCAUCAGAAGAUUCAAUGGCCAUUAGCUUAGACAAAGAUUCGGAUGCGGCGUCCGACACGGAUGACAUAUCCGGUCCUCAGAGUGCUGAUGUCGUAGCUAAAGCGCUCACCACAAUCAAAGACACCAUUACUCGACUGUAUAGGCUUUCGACCAUCAUCAAGAAACCUAGUUCAUCGAACGAAAAUGUGAAAGUGGCAAACUUCAUCGCGAAAGAAGAAGAGUCGGAAGAACUCAAAGAGUUUCAAACUUCUGUCCGCUGGCAAAUACAUUUCCGGCUUCCCGAUGCCUCACCGGCCUUACUGGAUAGAUUAGUCGAUGCUGCAGUAUUUCGAAGGAAAAAACUGGAAUAUCGAGAGCGUCACAAGGAAAAGCUAAGACAGGGUGUUGGGCAUUCCCUCGCGUCUGACUUGGCCGUUCCUAUUUUGCUCAAAGAUACAGUGUUUCGGCCAAUGGGAGCCCAGCGUAAAGGUGCGCCAGUACUCAGACGACAAGCAGGUUCAACCAGAGAUUCUUUGAGUACGAUGCAGUAUUCUGCUACGGAAGCUUCGUCUGUCAAUCGCCUCAAAUUUGCAUCCUAUCCGAAAUCAGUCGCACUUUCGGGGAUCACAAAGUCAGCAGUUGCCCGCCGAGAACAACUAGAUAUCCCUGCUCCACCAUCUAGGUUAGUGGGAGAAUCUCAGGAAGCUGUUUGUCCUUAUUGUUUUCGCAUUGUUGAUAAGGAAGAUUUAGGGCAAGCUCGUUGGAAACGACACAUACUUCGAGAUAUUGAGCCAUACGUUUGCCUUUUUGACGGGUGCGAAAAGUCGACGAUGUGUUUUGCAACAGUAGAUGACUGGAUAAAUCACAUGCAAUGGCAACAUGCCGUAGUAUGGUGUUGUCAAGUGGCUGAUCACCAAGCGACUGUUUACCAUUCUGAGGAUGACUUCACACUGCACUUGCGCCAAGAGCAUAAAACUGCUUUCAACGAGUCUCAGCUCUCUAUGAUCGUCAAGAAAGCGGUACAGCCUGUUUCGGAUCUUUUCGGCACUCUUGCUCUCGCUUUGGAUGGAGAUGGCGGCGAAGCGAGCAAGGUAGGAGUCUGUCCACUCUGCCCCUUUUCCCUAGACACUUCGAAGCAUAGUUCUAGAAUGGACAAACUAGAGGUAGCGAUAACUUCGACCUCGGCAUCUAAAAGACUUUGCAAUCAUAUAGCAGAACACAUGGAAGCCAUUGCUCUCCUAUCUUUACCCGAACGCGAAGAUCUCGAUGAUGCGGUCACAAAUGAACGAGAAUCGGAGAACACGUAUCACAGCCUCGAUCAAGAUGCAAUGGAUCUACCAUCACUGACAUCGAUUGUUGAUAAUGAGGACACAGAGGGAGCCACAGAAGAACCGGAUCUUGAGCAUCAUCAGCCUGAGCUUUCGGGCUGGUCGGAGUAUAUAUCGAGAGCUGACUGGAAUCAUAUUCUGGAAGACAAACGCGUCAAGUCAGGGCAAGAUCUUGAACCGGCCCAAGAUCCCACACUACAGGAGUUUGUGAGGAGAGCCAGACGCGCCGAGAUGUUUCGAAGGUGGAAGAUUGAUAAGAUUCCUCCUAUUGUUGUUUAUGAUCCGGAUGGAUUAGAACUUUCAAUCAGCAGAGGAAGACGCGACUUUGAUACAGUAGUCAAUGUGCCCAGUAUAACUGUGAGCAACGAGCAUACUCUUGAAGAUCAUAUCAUAGACAAAAGCCCCAGGGAUCUCGAAUCGGUAUUUUCGCCGAGUGUUAUCGAUCCAUUUCUCAAAUAUGAUUCCCCUGAGCCACCAGGUGUUACAGGUCAGGGCCCCGAUACAGUUCUAUACACACCAUCUGGCUACAGUGUUACAGCCGAAAGUCUAAAUGAUGAAAUGAACGAAUUCAUCAUGCGGGAUGCAGAUAGGGUUUAUCGUGAAAGCGUCAUGUCUACGAGAUGGGUUUACGAAGCUUCGCGUUCUGAACAUUCGGUUCUUGACAAAUACGAUGAAGAGUGGUGGGAAGAUACUAAGUGA